UCACUGCUCCGAGGACUCUGGGAACUGCUGCUCGCUCCACAAGCUGCACGCUUGCGCAAAAGCGCUCGCGGUCGCCCUUCCCCCACUUGCAGUCGCGAGUGGGUGACAGAGCCCCCUUCUCCGCGAGCCUCGUCACCCCGAAUCGUGAGUGGAGGCUAAAGCCCUCCAGCUGUGCCUUUGUGCUUCUGUGCCUUCACCCCAACCCAGAAAAUGAUGGGGUCCCAGGGAUCCGUUUCAUUCACUGAUGUAACUGUGGACUUCACCCAGGAGGAGUGGGAGCAACUGGACCCCUCACAGAGGAUUCUGUACAUGGAUGUAAUGCUGGAGAACUACAGCAACUUACUUUCAGUGGAAGUGUGGAAGUCUGAUUACCAGGUGGAGAAGGACCCCAGAGACCCGCAGAAACAAGCAAGGUCACUUGCAACCCUCAAGAACCAACCAGCAACUGAAGAAAGAGGCAGUCUCUUUGGAAAGACAUUCAAUCUAAACACAGACUUUGUUUCACUAAGACAAGUUCCCUACAAAUACGACUUAUAUGAAAAAACUUUGAAGUACAAUUCAGACUUACUUAGCAGUAGAAGCUGUGUAAGAAGGAAAGGAGACGGGUGUGGUGGAUUUGGGGAUCCACUUCUGUACCUGAAGCAAGAGAAACCCCAUGCUGGACUGGAAUACUCAGAAUAUAAUGGAAAUGGAAGGGCUCUCUGCCAUAAGGAUGCCAUCUUUAAACAUCAGAAAAUUAAGAGCUUGGUUCAACCUUUUGUCUGUAAUUACUGUGACAAGACCUUCUCCUUCAAGUCCCUGCUCGUUAGUCACAAGAGGAUCCACACAGGAGAAAAGCCCUAUGAUUGUAAUGUGUGCCAGAAAACCUUCUCCCAUAAGGCCAACCUCAUCAAACAUCAGAGAAUUCAUACUGGAGAGAAACCUUUUGAAUGUCCUGAGUGUGGAAAAGCAUUUACCCACCAGUCAAACCUUAUCGUGCACCAAAGAGCACAUAUGGAGAAGAAGCCCUAUGGAUGCAAUGAAUGUGGAAAGACGUUUGCUCAGAAGUUUGAACUCACCACACACCAGAGAAUUCAUACAGGAGAGCGGCCCUAUGAGUGUAACGAAUGCGCAAAAACCUUCUUUAAGAAAUCAAACCUCAUCAUACAUCAGAAAAUUCAUACAGGGGAGAAACGCUAUGAGUGCAGUGAGUGUGGGAAGUCAUUCAUCCAGAACUCACAGCUCAUCAUCCACAGGAGAACUCACACUGGGGAGAAGCCCUAUGAAUGCACAGAAUGUGGCAAGACAUUCAGCCAGAGGUCGACUCUUAGGUUACACUUGAGAAUCCAUACAGGAGAGAAACCCUACGAGUGUGCGGAGUGUGGGAAGGCCUUCAGCAGGAAGUCUAGACUCAGUGUCCACCAGAGGGUUCACAUGGGGUAGUCCUGAGGCUACAAGCAGACUGCUGCAGAAAACCUGUCAGGCCAGAAUUCUUACAGUGAGGGGGAAGCCCUCAUGAAGAUAUUGAAGGAACCUGGGAAAUUCUAUUGAGAUGUAAUCUAUCUCAAAAACUUUAGAAAAAAAUGAUACCUAAGAAUAUUAUACUGAGGCUGGAGAAAUGGCUCAGCGGUUAAGAGCACUGACUGCUCUUCCAGAGGUCCUGACUUCAGUUCCCAAAAACCACAUGGUGGCUCACAACCAUCUGUAAUGAGAUCCAAUGCCACCUUUUGGUAUGUCUGAAGAGAGAGACAGUGUACUCAUAUACAUAAAAUAAAUAAUUUUUUUAAAAAGAUUAUACUGAAAGUUAUAAUAUCCAGCUAAAGAGUACAUAUCUAAAUAUAUGUAUUACUUCAGUAUAUAUAUAUAUAUAUAUAUAUUCAGAUCUAAUUGUAAAUAUACAUACCCAGCUCUGUUUCCAUGAGCUUUUUUGGCUUUUUAGGCUUCUGGGGAUCAAAUCUAGGGUCUUACCUGUGCUAGGCAAGAUUCUUCUUUCUUUUUUUAAAACCACUGAUCAGGUGUGGUGUGGGUUUUUGGAAGUUCAAAGCCCUCCUCCAGUGAUAUACCUAAUCCUUACAAAACAGUUCUACCAACUGGAGACCAAGUAUUCAAACUUGAACGUAUAAGGGCCAUUCUCAUUCAAACCACAACAAUAAAUUAGACUUCAGUGGUUUCCAUAUAGUGGUGCACACCCUUAGUCCCAGUACAUGGGAGGCAGAGGCAGGCAAAUCUAAGUCUGGUCUACAUAGUAAGACCCUUUUAAAUGAAGAUUUAAAAAAAAAAAGUGCCACUACUAAGACUUUAUAUUAACCGAGUUAUAGCACAGUUUGGUUUAGAAAAAUUUACCAUUUAAAAAUGAGUGACACGUUCACUGAAAAGUGUAGUGUGUAGGAGCGAACUCCCAGAUCAGAUAAUAUGAGCAUAUGACAGUUUGGUUUUUUUCAAAUAAAGAUCCGGAGACCUGCAUCGGUAUGUUUGAGUACCUGUCUCCCCUGCCCCGGCUCUGGAGUCAUAAGGAGCCCAGCUUUUUAUAUGGGUCCUGGCCGUCAAGCUUGCCCCUUCUGCUUUCAAGGCUAGCACCUCACAAAGCCAUACCCCAAGUCCCAGCAUGUUUCCUUUAUGACACCCUUUAUAUCUGUAUUGAUCUUUGAACCUUGCGCCUCUGACUCAUCAGUCCUGGCACAUUUGGUGGCCCAGACAGAAUACAGUGCAGCCUUGGAAGACCAUAGUUUCCAGCCUUUCACCCUCAGAGGCUGCUGUGCCUCCAAGGCCUUAUCUGCCUAUAGGUGAUGAGCUAUCAUUUAACCAAGAGCAAGUCCAGAUUUGCAUCCUCUACUUCACGUCCUUUGUCUUCCAUCCUCCCCUGGCUGUUGUAGGGACUGAAUCUGUCCCUGUAGCCGUGUCUGUCCAUGUGUGUCCCUUACAAAUGGUUUUUCUCUGUAUUUAUGGACAUCACAGAAAGCAUCACAUGGGAAGGAAUGAGGGUUAGCAAGAGAUCAAGUCACUGACUCCAACUAACCCUGACAUCACUGUUCAUGAGGCAGUCACUGUAUGUGUGUGAUACUUAUGGUGGAUGUCCAGUCUACAGGAUUGCUUUCAACCUCUGUUUUGUUGCUUUUGACAAAUCAUUACUAGGGUCAUGGGCAUGAAAUACAUAAUUUAAGAUUACAGGUUGUAGGGCUAGAGAGAUGGUUCAGCCGGUAAGAGCACUGACUGCUCUUCCGAAGGUCCUGAGUUCAAAUCCCAGCAACCACAUGGUAGCUAACAACCACCUGUAAUGAUAUCUGCUGCCCUCUUCUGGUGUGUCUGAAGACAGCUACAGUGUACUUAUUUAUUAUAAUAAAUCAAUCUUUGGGCCGGAGCGAGCAGGGACUAAGCAAGCGUGGCUAACCAGAGUGAGCGGCGUCUGCCAGAGGUCUACCAGAGCAAGGAGCAAGCGGGCUGACUGGAGCGAGUAGAGGUCCUAAAAUGUCAAUUCCCAACAACCAGAUGAAGGCUCACAACUAUCUGUACAGCUACAGUGUGUACUCAUAUACAUAAAAUAAAUAAAUCUUAAAAAAAAAAAAAAGAUUACAGGUUGUAAAGGGGAUGUAAGCAGAAGUCCAAAGCCAAUAAUGUUGGACUGCAACCUUGUUCUCUCAAAGGCACAUUAAACAGGCUGAGUACACAGGA